CGGAACCACAAGGCGCUCCACCUAAAAGUGCCGCAGAUCCUGUGCGAGACCUGCCAGAGACCGUUCACAGACAAGCGAAUGCUGCGGAACCACAUUGAGUUUGUACACAAGAAAGUGAAGCCGUUCUUGUGUAACUACUGUGGCUAUUCGACGGCUUCCAAAUCUACGCUUAAGAUGCACAUGAGGCAGCACACAGGUGAAAAACCCUUUGCCUGCGAGGAAUGUUCCUACAGGACAGCUGACCACAACUCGUUACGGAGGCAUAAGAUGCAGCAUUCGGGCAUAAGGCCUUACCGCUGCCCUUACUGUGAUUAUGCCUCCAUCCAGUCCACAACGUUCAAGGUUCACCUCAAGGACAAGCACCCGGACCUUGCCCAGAGAAAUGGCAUUAUGUUUACCUGUGUGGUGUGCCCCUUCAAGACCAUAAAACGUGACAAUUAUCUGGCACACGUCGCCGAACACAGUAAAAACGACAACAAGAAGUUACGGCAGAGUGUAAGCUCAACCACUACCACCACCACAACUACAACCACCGCAACCACCACAACCACUGCAGCCAAAAAUACAUCCCCAGAUACUAUUGUAAGUGAUAUGAAUCCUCCUCCACCACAUGUAGUCAAUAUUGAUGUGAACAGUGGAACAGUAACUGUUGAGACUCCACAAGAAACAGAUUUUCUAACCAAUGUCAAUGUGUCGGGCGGACUCCAGUUACCCAUACCAGGCCAGGUGAUCAUGGCUGGAGAUCAGUAUUUUUAUGCAGCUCUGGAUUCUGCAGUUUUAUCUCAGGUACAAUCUAACGAAAGUGUACUGCAUCUGACUCCCUUGGUUCUAGCGGUUCCAGCGACCACAGAGACAUCAAGUUCUCCCUCACAACAAGGGUUGGUGUAUGUAGCCAGCACCAGUCAGGGAGAACAAUGAUUAUCUGCUUUAGUGAAAAGAAACAAAAAAAAAAUUCACCAGCCCAAAAAUGGAAGACUUGUAACGUCUCGUCUCAACUGCUUGCGGAAGAGGUCAGUUCCUCCCCGAAGAGCUUAUAGGCCUAGGAGACUACACCUUUCUUCGUUAGUUGGUAUUUCAUGGCGUAUCAUCGAGGUUGUACCCCCUCCCCGUUCCUCUUCCCUGUCAAAAAAAAAAGAAAAAGAAAAAAAAAAGUUGAUAUAUGACCAAUUUUUAUGAUUUUCUUAUUGUUUUUCUUUCCUACUGGAGAAGAGGCGGUUCCUUCGUUGUUGUUGUUGUUGCAGCAGGGUAUUCUGAGGUUUAUUUUCUAAGGGAGAGGGAGUAGAUUUUUUUUUUUCCCCCAGUGUAAAAGUUGAUAUAGAUUUCUCUUUGACUGUAGUUGUUAGAGGAUCAUUCCAGAUAUAUAUAUAUGUUGAAAUGGUUAGUUUUAGUUGAGAGUGAGGUUUGCAUUAUUAUUUAAUGACAGAGACAAAAUAGUAUGCCAAACCUAAUUUAUGUGGAAUAUGUGAAAAGAAGAAGGAAAAAAAAACAACAACAACAACAAUAUUCUGUGAUAAUAGUUGCAGUGUUAUGUGUUAGGAUAAUAUUUGGGAAAAUCUGAUGAAAUAGUAAUAUCCUUAGUUUUCAAAUUUCAUACCUGUCUUAGCUAUCAUUUGUCUGGAGUAUUCUUUAAACUUGUGUAUGGUAAUGUUUUGAAUAUAUUCCUGCUAUGGUUUCAUUUGCUGUUAUGAUGGUUGCCGUGUAACAGUUUGAAAAAGAAAAACGAAGACAAAAAUUUUAAGAACAGGCAAUUUAUAGUGAGGCAAUGCAGCAGCUGGAAUUAUGUAUUUAUUGUAUUAUUUAUUUAUGUAUAUACAGUAAACCCUCAUUUUGCCAUAUUUUUCAUAAAUAAAACAAAUUAAUAGAUAGCAUACUAUUAAGAUACAACUAUAACAGAUUAAUAGGUAUUGAGAACUACUCAGCGCAGAGCCAGGAAGAGUGAAUUGAGUGCAUAUGUUACUGUGCCGAGCUCAGCACUGGUGUUACCCUUCCAAAUCUCAUGUAUGUCUGAUAUUGGCUCUGACUGUGGCUAGUCUUGUAGGUUUUCUCUGUGUUUUAGGGCUUUUGUGCUUGUUUGCUAACCUAGGGCCAAAGUGUAGUGCUUGUGAUGCAAGGUUGCAAUCUUCCUAAGUGGCAGCAGAAAGUGAUGGCCCAAAUGGAUAAAGAAAAUGUGUAAUAGUGUCUACUGCUGCUUGUACAUUUAAUGUGAAGGAAUCAGCUGCAUGAAUUGUCAGCAAAGGAAAAAUGUGGGAUAUAUGAGGCAAUUCAAGCUAGUCUGCUUGCCACUGCAAAAGUGUUGAAUCAUGUGAAAGGAAAAUGCAAUCUUGGAAAAUUUGCUCUUGAAUAUCUAUUACCGUUUCCCAUCAAUUGCAGGGGUUCUGGAAUGUAACCACAAAGCAAAAUAUGGAUUUACUGUAUUGUUCUCAUAUUUAUAUAUUUAUUUAUCUUGCGCAUCUGUUAAUGGUUCUGCAUUGAGGUAUUUUGUUAUCUCUGGUAACAUGGCUGUGACUAAAAGCUUGUGUUAAGAUUGGGCACUGAGAACUAUGUAUUGUCCAAGUGUUGCUGGUAUGUGAUGUUAAUUUUCAGUUCCUUAGUGAAAAAAAAUAUUUUGUUAUAUGUUUUAUUCUGUCUAACUCUUUCUAUAUUCUUUGGAUGGUUCUGAGGAAAUGCAUCUGUUUUGUGUCAUCUUUAGUUCUUAUGAAACAAGAAUCACACAUUUUAAGUCUUUCAUAGAGGUACAAGGCACAUUUUUCUCUGCAUACUUUUUGAAAAAUUGUAAUCAUCUUGUAUGGAUAUAUAGUACUAAUGUUCUUUUUAUUCUUUACGUUUUGUCCUAGAAGUUUGAAUAUAUAAAAUAACAGGUAUAAUAAUGCUUGGGUUCUUGCUCAAGUCAGUCUAGAUGUGUGAGGCUUUAUAUGGAAAUCAAAUACCUUCUUUGUUGCUAGACAAUACUUGUGGUUAUGCAAAUACAUGAAAUAUGUGUAUAUUAAUGUAAUAGGAAUGCAUGUGUAAAUUCACUGAAGUAUAUACAUUGCUGUCAUUAGUGAAUGCAUAUGAUUAUAGACAAUAUAUAACACCGUGAGAUUGUUUAUUAGGUUUGGAAAAUAUUUCUCAAUUUUUGAACAGACCUAAAUUAAUAUCAAGUAAGAAUGAAUAAAAAAUUUACAACAUUAAGACCUGUGUAGAUGUUGUUUGUAAAAGAUCUGUAGAUUUUCAGUAUUUGGCAGUUUCUUGCCAGGUAGAAAUUUGCAUUAUCAUCGCUCCCAGAUAUGCGGAAUACUCGGUAUAUAUAUUUUGAUUACUCUUUUAGGGAUAGUAAUCAAACAUUAUUCUGAACUUGUUGUGAUAAAACCAUGGAAGUGUUGGUCUGUGAUAUCUGCAGAACUAUGGUUGUAUUAAUGGUAGAAUUCUGGCAGGUGUAAUAUAACUUUUUUAGAGAAUGGUUUACUUAACUGCUUGGACUCCACAGUAGAUUACGAGGAAUAUCCGGAAUAAGAGAGAUUUGAAGUGAGAUUAAUAUGUUAUUACAAGAAUGAAUGACUAGUGGAUAGAAGAAAGGAUGUGAACUUGUUAGAAUAACAAACUGAAGAAGCAGAAGUAGGAUUAUAUUUUAUAAGUUAAACUGGUAAGGUCACAAAAGCUUCAUAAGUGAAUGGGAUGCAUACAUUUUUAUGUAUUGGUCUUCAUUGCUGCACAUGCUUUGACACUUCAAUACAGAUACACCUAAAUGGAUACACAUACAAUAUGCAUAUUUACAAACAAAUGCAAGUGUUUGUACACACCCACAUUCACCCAUACACAGGCACAUGGACAUGCACACAUUCAUGUAUCUACGCCCGCACCCAAUACAUUCUUCUAUCCUCUCCCUCUGUAAUUUUCUUUGCAUCUCCUUCUCUUUCUUUCUUUCUUUCUUUCUUUCUUUCUUUCUUUCUUUCUUUCUUUCUUUCUUUCUUUCUUUCUUUCUUUCUUUCCUUCCUUCCUUCCUUCCUUCCUUCCUUCCUUCCUUCCUUCCUUCCUUCCUUCCUUCCUUCCUUCCUUCCUUCUUUCCUUCUUUCUUUCCUUCUUUCCUUCCUUCCUUCCUGCCUUCUUUUCUUUCUCCAUUUCCUCCUCUUCCUCUCCCUCUUCCUCUUCCUCUUCCUCUUCCUCUUCCUCUUCCUCUUCCUCUUCCUCUUCCUCUUCCUCUUCCUCUUCCUCCUCCUCCUCCUCCUCCUCCUCCUCCUCCUCCUCCUCCUCCUCCUCCUC